UAUUUUGUGUAGCAGGUAACCUUAAUAAAAUAUGUCACUUACGGCCAGCUCAAAUUUUAUACAUUGCAAACAUUUAUUCUCAGUUUGAGUGCUAACAACGCUAAUUCGCGAUAAACUCGAUACGUACACAUAUACAACAAUUAUAAAAAAGUGGAGCAUACGUACCAGACACUAUCUUAUAGACCGACAAACAUGCGCUCAUAAUAUAUAUGAAAAACAGCUGCUCGUUGAUUGCAGCAGUGAAACACAAAAACAAUUUUUAGCUCGAUAGCGGACAAUCGGACCGAGGCUUCGUGUUCUUUGUUUGAGCAUAUCUCAAAUGUCAGAAUGUGCUUGGAACUUUAAAGUCGGCAACAGCAACAAAAACAAGACCAAAAACAACAGGCAGUAAAGAACUUUGCCCUGUCCUUGCCUCGGUGAGCAACAGAAGUCAACAAUUGGAAAAUUUACUGAGGUGAAAGUUUUUUGUGUUCGUCAAAGAAUCAAUCAAUUAUUUGGCAAUGGAACGCUGGAAGCCUGCUUACGAUUGCGAGGAGGAUGCCAUGGCCGCACCUUCUGUGUGCCCAGUGGCAGAGGCGGUGCCCACUGCUCAACGUAUCUACGGCGACAUUAGCACCAAUCGUCUCUGGACAUUUCUUGUCAGGAUGAACGAGAAGCUCUCCGCCUGCGAGCAGCUCGGGAUUGUGGGCAGCUGCGAGGCACUGGGCAAUUGGAAGCAUGCUGGUGCAGCGUUAAUGACUCGUCAGGAAUCGCAAGAUGAGGACGAAGAUGGCUAUGUCUGGACAGCUCAGGUGUACAUACCACGACACUGUGACACGGAAUAUCGCUAUGUGGUCUUUGGUGUAGAUGCCGUCUCAGAGCAGCUGCUGGUGCGUCGCUGGGAAGUGCAGCUGGAGCCACGUUGCAUUAAGGAAUUGGAUGAGCCGCCGGCUGUCUGCCAGGAUACAUUUGGCUGUGUCAAUGGCAAGGAGAAAGUGGAUCGCGGCUGGCUGACCAAAGAGUCGCUGGUGCAGCUGAAGUUUUUCUAUGCUCCAUUCACCUGGAAGCAGCGUAUGAAGCGGCGUCUGGUGCACGUCAAGGUAACGCCCAUGAAUCUGCGCAUACCCAGCACCGGCUGUGCUGAGGUGGCACCCGUCACCACGCUCGAAGAUUCGCUCUCGAAUGACACUCAUGACACGCGCGAAAAUGGCGGCGAUAGCACAGCCUUUGCCUUCAGCGAGGUGGUCACCCUCAGUGCCGACAGCUGCGAGGUGCGCACCCAGGAACAAUUUGGCACUGCUUGCAGCGCCACUGACUUGGUCAUCUUUCAUCUGACUGUUGCUGAUCUGGACAAUGCGGCCUAUCUGGUCGAUCUAUACAGCUACAAAUCAAAGGUGGAGAGGGAAGAUGGCCCCCCGCAUCAUCUGGGCUAUCAUUAUGUGCUGCCAAAUCUAUUCAAGCGUUCCGAAGGCAAUCUGGAGCUACCUAUUACCUGUGCCAAGACCCACCGGCCAUUGGGCAUGAUGCGACUGGGCUACUUGAUAGUCAAGCCCACAUCUCACAGCGCCCACAUGGACAUGCGCGUGAGCUAUACACGCUAUUGGAACAAUAAAUGGACUGGCCUAGAUGUGGGACAUCGUGGCUCUGGCACCAGCUUUAAGGCGAAGGACGCAGUGAUCAGAGAAAAUACAAUCACCUCGUUGAAGAACGCUGCCGAGCAUGGCGCCGACAUGGUGGAGUUUGAUGUACAAUUGAGCAAGGAUCUAGUGCCGGUUGUUUAUCACGAUUUCAUGAUCUAUGUCUCGCUGAAGAGCAAGUGCAGCAUGCAGGAGCACGACUUUUUGUCGCUGCCCAUGCGUGAGCUGACGCUGGAGCAGCUGAAGAAGCUGAAAGUGUAUCAUACGGCCGAGGGACUGUCGCGUGAGACACGCUCCUUUCAUAAUGAUGAUCUGCUGGAGCAUCAGCCGUUUCCGCAACUGGCCGAUGUGCUGGAUGCCAUGGAUGAACAUAUUGGCUUUAACAUAGAGAUUAAAUGGUCGCAGCGUCUGCAGGACGGUCGCAUGGAGGAGGAGUUUGAGCAUGUGGUCGAUCGCAAUCUCUAUCUCGAUUGCAUUUUGGAUGUGGUGCUGCGCAAGGCGGGCAGCAGACGCGUUGUGUUCAGCUGCUUUGAUCCGGACAUAUGCACCAUGUUGCGCUACAAGCAGAAUCGUUAUCCGGUCAUGUUUCUUACACUGGGCCAUACGACCAAAUACGAGAAGUAUAUGGAUCCACGUGGCAAUUCAAUGGAGACGGCCGUCUGGCAUGCAGUGGCCAUGGAGCUGUUAGGCAUUGUGGCACAUACGGAGGACUUGCUGCGUGAUCCCAGCCAGGUAAAUCUGGCAAAGGAGCGUGGCCUGGUGCUCUUCUGCUGGGGCGAUGACAACAAUUCCAAAGAUACAAUCAAGCUGCUGAAGGAAUUGGGUCUUCAUGCCAUCAUAUAUGACAAAAUGGACGUGCUGACCACCAAGGAGGUUAAACAAAGCGUUUUCCUGCUGCAGGCCAAGGACAGCCAAAAGGAGAUGCUGAAACUGCAAGCACUCGAAAUGGGCCACGUCUGGCACACCUCUGCCUCGGGCAGCGAGGAGCAGCAGGCCUGAGCUUUGCAUAGCUUUAGUUUUACACACAAACCCCAAACACCGACAGCUGUUCGAAAGAUGUUUAUUUAAAUUCUCAAUUUUUCAGUCACUGCUCAGUGGAUGCUCUCCAAUAACAUAUAUAGACACAUAAUAUAUACACACACACACUCACACACACAUGCUAACUCACACACCUUUGCGUACAUUUUCUCAACUAGCCAAUUGCAUUUGCAUUUCGUAGUAUAUUUUAAUUGUUUUUCUCAGUUGCCCACGCAGAAUACCUUUUGUUUAACUUUAAAUCAAUUUGAGUUCGGUCUUUUCUUUUAUUUAAUUCGCUCUAUACUUCAUUUUUUACGUUCCCGGAAAUUGUUUACAUAAUGCAACUGUGAAAACUGGAUUUUAAAUGAAAUA